AUGCCAAGCACCGUACCGACGACCUUGGACAACUGGUGGUGUGACUAUAGCUCUGAAUAUGCUUUUGUGGGAUUCAGCUAUGAGGUUACAGACUGCCAAAGUGUUGCCGAGCUACAGAACGACUUCACCAACAUAAGAAAUACCUUCAACGGCCGCUACGUGCGCAUAUACGGCUUCUGCGAUCGGAGUAGCUUUUACGACGACGUCGUUAACGCUGCAUGGCGGGCUGGUGUAGGCGUCCAUGCGCUCAUCUGGUUUGGUUUUGACGGUGACAAUCUUUGGCAAGGCCGGAGGGACGCCCUCUUUCAGAGCCUCAGUUCUAAUGCAAAGGCGAAAUUCGUUACUCGCGCUGUCCAAUUCGGAUCGGAACCGCUUUUUGACAAAGUCCUUCCAGAAGAUACGCUCGCCCAGCAAAUCAAGGCCGCAAAGCAAACAUUAUCCAGCCUUAGGAUACCGGUGACUAUCAGCGAGCUGGCAUAUGGGUACCAAGAGCAAGGCGGGGCGCAAGAAAUAUUAAAUGCCAUUGACAUAAUUGAUGCGCAUAUGUUGCCAUUCUUUUCUGCUCAGGCAUCCACUGCAAGCAAAUCUUGGCCAUUGGUCGUGGGAGACCUCAACUGGUUUGUGGUGCAUGGGAAUGGAAAGAAGAUAUAUCUCACAGAGAACGGCUGGCCGUCCCGAACAUCUGAGGGCGUGCAACCAAAUAGCCCCCAAGCAGUGGCUAACGUUGAAAAUGAACAAGCGUACUACGCACUGCUCGACCAACAUUGCUCCGACUUCAAGGCGGUGGCAGGAGGGGGCGUUGGUUGGUUUGCACACAUAUACUCAGAAGAUAUGGAGCCAGGAUACGGGAUUUACGGAAGUAACGGCGCCUUGAAGUUCCCUUUCAGGCCAAGAACGUCGUGUUGA